CUCAGGCCAGAAAGCCUAAGGUUAAAAAGAGCAAGUUGCAGACUUUACCUUCCGAGGUUCCCUGGAAAUGGCAUAUUCAAAUUACGAAAACAACGAGAAGAACUCUUUUGAACAAAACAUAGGUGAGGAGAAUGUGAUUCUCACAUUGGUUCCAGUCAAUGAGGAACCUAUUGAAGAAUAUGAAAUAGAAACAACCAUUUCCUCAACUGCUGAAGUCAAACCUAGGAGAAGAAGAGCUCCCCCGAUUCUUCCCUUGCCAACUACUUUGCCUCCAAUUAAUGAGGUGCACAGGGACACUUUGCGGAACUGGUGCCAGCAAUGCAAGUUGAGUACUGAUGGCCAGAAAAUAGCUGUUUAUCAGAGACUCCAGAAAUAUGCUUUCUUUGACAGUAGCCAGAGUGUUUCUGAAAUACCUGAGACGACCAGAAUGCGACCACGACCACGUUCAAGGAAACACACAACGGAGGAUAAGAAAGCAAGGAUUCGUAAAAGUUGUCAGAUGAAUGAGAAAAAAAGAGAUACUAGUAAUAUAGUUGAAGUGACAUCUACAGCUCAGGAAGCCAUGUUAGCAGCCUGGGGAAGAAUUACUGCAAGAGCCAGCCAGCCAAAAGCUACACUUUCACAUCCAGUUCCUUCUUCUGUUGAGACCUUUCUGCCUCAAGCCACUGGCAUCAGGUGGUGCAUUGUCCAUGGCAGACCUCUCUCAGCAGACACAGAAGGCUGGGUUCGUCUACAGUUCCAUGUGGGUCAGGUCUGGGUGCCUAAUACUCCCAGGAGGAUGAUUCCUCUUUUUCUGUUACCAGCCUGCACUUUCUCCACUCCAGACCUGGAAGAUAAUCUCUUGUGUCCUGAAUGUGUAAAAAGGAAUAAGAAAAUGAUGAGAAGAUUAAUUACAGGGAAGAAAGAGAAGCAACCUGACUCAAACACACCAACACCAUUCCUUGAUGAUGAAGAGAUGUCAGAGAGCCCAUAGCUAGCUACAGCAAUCUGCAUGCCUUCUCCAGCUUUGACUUGUUUAGAUAUGUACAUCUGGAUUCUGUAUUUGAAGUCUGUCAAAGAAAGACUGCUGUUGUUUGCUUUGAAUAUUUAAUAAUAGAGAAGACAAUUUGAUUUUGCCUUAUUUAAUUAAUUUAAUUAUUUUAACAGUUUUAUUGACUUGGAAAAAAUUCUUCAAAAUGUACAAAGACCUUAUAUCCACUUCACUUCCACCGUUUCCUCUACUAUGAACCUCCUUGAUCAUGGUGCUGACUCAAAGUUUGUAGUUUAUUUCUGCCUUUUUAAAAUGUUAUAUAAUUGGAUUCUUAUUACCUUCUCAGAUUGGUUGCUUUCAUAGCAAUAUGUAGCUAAGUUUCCUCCAAAUCUUUUUUUUUCUUCUCCCCCUUUUAAGAUUUACUUAUUUUAUGAGGAAGAGAUGACUCUGUACAUAUGCAGUGAUGGGCAUAUAUGGUACCAGGAAUUGAAUCCCUGACCUCCUAUUUACAAGUCCUGUUCUCUAGCAGCUGAAACCAAUUUCCAGGUCAUUCUUAUGCAUUUUCUUUUCUCCCCCUCCUCCUCCUCCUCCAUGAUUUAUUCAUGAAAAGGAGAGAAAAAAAGAAUAAGACAUCACCCUGGUACAUGUGUUGCCAGGGGUUGAACUCAAGUACUUCAUGGUUGAGAAUCCAGUGCUUUAUCCACUGCACUAACUCCCAGACCACUAUUUUCUUUUCUUUUUUUAAAUUUUUGUAUGUUCAAUAGUUAAAUAGCACUAAAAAAAAUUCCAUUGAUAGGAUGUAUCACACUUUUAUUUACUCACCUAUUGAAGAUCAUUUUGGUUGCUUCCAACUUUUUGAUAAUUCUAAAUAAAACUGCAAAUAGUCAUGUGCAAGUUUUUUUUGUUUUGUUUUGUUUUUACUUUAUACAUAGAGAGAUAGUAAAAGUUACCAUAGCACCAAAGCGCUUCCUUCAGGCUGGAUUUGAACCUGGAUCAUGUACAUGGCAAAGUUGUAUGCUUUCAAGCGUGUUAUUUCACUACCUUUGUACAGAUUUAUCUAUGGACCUACAAUUCCAACUCAUUUAGAUAAGAUCAAAUUUUAUUAUGCCCUUACUCAAGAUUUUUUUUUUCCCAUAAUGAGAUUCUUUAGAUUCUUUUUCUUUCCCUCUUUUAUUUUUAUCAUCACUCAGGCUGGAUGACUUUUUCAGACAAAGAGGCAGAGAGAAAGUGAAAGACUACAACAGCAUUAAAGCUUCCUCCAGUAUUAUGGGGGCUGGGUUUGAACCUGAGUUGUGCAUAUGGAAAAACAACAUACUAUUCAAUGAGUUAUUUUGUUAGCCUGAUUGUGGUUUUUAAAUUAUUUUAAUUUUAUUUAUUUUUUUAACUUUUUUAUCAGAGCACUGCUCAGCUUUGAUUUAUGGUGGUCUGGUGGGUUUAUCACUGGGGUUCGAUGCCAGCACUAGGAAUCCAUGCUUUCCGGUAGCCAUUCCCCUCUCCCCCCCAUUUUACUGGAUAGGACAGAGAAAUUAGAGGGUUGGGGGGAGAUAGAGAGGGAGGGUGAUAGACACCUGCAGGCCUGCUUUACAAACACUCUUGAUGCUUCCACCCUGCAGGUGGGGAAUCCGGACCUCGAACCCAGAUCCUUGCACGGGUCUUUGUGCUUAAUACUGUGUGUGCACUUAACCAGGUGCCCCUAAUUUCUACUUUUCCUAAAGCAGGGUGUCUAGAACAUGUUCUUAUAUGCCUAGUUGCAUAUAUUCAUGUUUUGGGGGAGGGAUGGGGUUAUCUCCUACACAUGGCUGCUCUGGUUUAACAUUUUCAGAUUGAUAAAGUAAGACAGAGGAAAAGAUAGGGGAGAGAAAGUACAACACAGAAGCUUCCUUCAGGGGAUCAUGUUCAAACCUGGAUCACACACAGCAAAGGAAGUAUACUAUCCAGGUGAGCUAUUUUGCCAGCUUGUAUAUCUGGUGUGGUAUCAGUUCAAUUCAUUCAGGCCUUUUGUCUGUGUUAAAUAUAUUUUUACUUAUUUUAUUAUUGGAUAGAGACAAAUUGGGGGGAUAGUAAAAAGACAGCCACCUGUAGUCCUGCUUCAUCACUCAUGAAGCUUUCUCUGCAAUUGAAGAUCAGGGGCUUGAGCCUGGGUCCUUGUGCAUUGUAAUGUGUACACUUAACCAGGUGCACCACCACCUGGCCCCCGUGUGUGUGUGUGUGUGUGUGUGUGUGUGUGUGUGUGUGUGUGUGUGUGUGUUAAGACUCAUUUAUUUGUUGCAUUUUCCAGCCUGGGGUUUGUCUUAUUCUCUUAGUUGCUAUAUAUAUCAUGUUUAAAGUGAUUAAGAUGAAUGUUUGUGACUAUUUUCAUUACUCUUUGUGUUUCUUUUAUCAUCUUCCUCUUUGUUUUUCUCUUUUUUAGAUUUUUUAUUUUUAUGACAAUAGAAAUGACUAAAGCAUUGUUCCUAUCUGGCAUAUGGUGUUACUGGGACUAAGUCUGUGUCCACAUGUAGGCAAAUCCUGUGCUGUAGCCUUGAAUUAUUUUGCUAGUUCACUUCUUUUAUUUGAGCAUCUUAGGUGGUAGCAUUUCCCUCUUUUCAUAUCAGGAUUUUUCAGUAUGUUUUAUAGUGCUUGCUUUGAGUUUGCAAAAUAGUCACAAACAGUCCAGGUUUCUCUUUCAAAUGAUGCUCUUACAUUUCAUUGUUUUGUAAUCCAGUAUUCCCAAUUUGUCCUUGUUCCUUAAAGCAUUGUUGUAAUUGAUUUAACUCAUUUGCCAGCUAUACUCAUUUAUUUAUUUUUUUAGAGUAAUCAAUUAGAAAAAAAAUAAAUGAUUUUAUUUUCCUGUUGUUUAUUUCUUGUUCUUAUUUUCCUUUUGUUAUAUGA